GUUACAAAUAAAAGUUCUCUUUGGUAUGUUAUCCAUUGGUAUAUUUCCAGUUUUCAGGUCGUGCCCGAGUCAUUUCCCGAUUAUUUCAAAGGUACCCACUUUCAGGAGCAACUUCUCGUGAAAAGCUUCUCGAGAAGUCCCUUAGGUAAACGCUAGCAACGUUCAGUCUUCCGAGUGUAUACAUACAGCGCGCGACAUUCAGCGCGUCAUUCCGCAGCCGCAGCACCCUCAGGCCACGAGUUGUCCCCGUUUUUCUUCGGAAAUCUCCACCGCCUAUCCUCGCCUUCUUGCGUCAGGCAAUCUCUUCUCUCUUACUCCUCCGCCUCAAAAGACUGAUCACGGACUUUUGACUUCGACUCUCCAUUGUUUCAAGAAGCUGUUCGCGGUUUUCAUGCGAAGGUUGUCGGCAUUCUCCGAUUAGCGUCACGCUUGUUCUACGUUUUCACUGCCCUCUCCUCUCCAGCGUCAUUAUUCGAGCCGACACAAUGCAGUCGCUAAUCGCCCGAAACUCCUUUGACUCGCGGCUGACAGAGGGUGAAGUCGGCGGAAAGGCUUCAUCGGAAACUAGUAUGGAUUGCUUCGAGAAUCAGAACUUCUACCGCAUGCCGUCGAAAGCCACGAGUCCCGAGAGAGCGGGCCCGGCUUACAUGGAUUUCGAUGCCGCGGGAAACCCAAUCCUGAUUCCUGUGAAGCCCGAGGACUUGGAAAAGGCCAAGAACGCAGCCAGGCGCUUUCAGAUGAAACCAGAAGUCACGGGGACGACGGCUGACGCCGAUGACGGCGAGCUGGAAGAGAACGCCGAGGGCCUGGAAAGGACACACACAAACCCCACCGGAGCUGAAUCAGAACCUGUGGUCGAGGAACCUGUUGAUGAAGAAGCGGUCAUUGACUUGGAGCCGCGCGUUCUCGAAGAGAGAAUAGAGCCCCUCGAUGAGCACAUCGUUUCGUUUUACUCGAUGCCCUCAACAGCGAGUGUCGCUGCGAUGCGCUGUGAGGACGGGUCUUGUCCGCAGCCGUUGUCUUCCUUCUUGCCGGACUCCCCGUUCAUCACGAAGGACGGAACUGUUGCUGUCGACGUCUACGCGGUCAAGGCCGAUAUGACCGUGCCAGAGGAACUCGCAACUCUUCCCAAGUACUCCAUUGUACCACAGGUGUUAGAGCGACAAAACACUCUGUUUCGCAGCAUGCUCCGGCCGUCACAGAUCGAUCUAUUCUAGGUCGGCCGCACGGAGGGCCGGAGAGAGAAAUGGAGGGAAACUCCACUCGUGGAGAAGACUCAGUUUGUCAAGACAGCAGCAGAAGCCCGGUAAAAAGAGGCGUCGGUUUUGUGGCAGCUCUGCUGUCGGCAAACAUGUCAUCCCCGCGACCCGAGUCUGCGUGGAACCGUGUCGCACGUUUCUCGCAACAGGACUUCUAGGGAUUGUUGGCGGGUGAAUUGCCUCACGGAAUGUCAGCGUUUUGUCCAUGUCAGAUGAGUGCUGAAGCGGUCAUCGGUGGCUGUCGUUUAUACUCGUGGGGAAAACGUUUGUCAGCGUGAAACAGCACUCGUGUGCAACAACGGUAACAACCUCUGUAAAAGGUCACCAUCUUACC